AUGGAUCCUUUCUCUCUAGCCGUUGGACUCGGGGAAAUUCUACCACUGAUCGCCCGUGCCAUCACCACCGCCAAGGAGUACAUCGACACCGUCAAGUCAGCAAGAAAGUCAAUCGCCGCACUGAUCAACGAACUUGAAGUUCUGCAAGCUAAUGUCAAAAACCUCCAUUCUCUACUCAAGGACGACGCCUUUACAGAAAGAUCUGUACGAUUCGAUGAGAAUUCGGUUCUCCUGACAUGCUCUGCCGCCUGCGAGGCAAAGCUGCUGUCGCUGUGUAAAACGCUCAAACAAGAAGCGAAGGGGAAGAUGAAUCGUCUUCUGUGGCCCUUUACUGAGAAGGAAUACCGUAAGGCGAUACAGGACUUGCGUGAUUUUACCAAAUGGAUGCAGUUCGCGUUAUCCAUCGAUGGUUGCCGUGUUUUAUCGCAGACAUCGGAGGACGUCUUGAAGUUAAUGGGUCAGCAGUUAGAGGGUUUCAAGGCGAUCCAGGCACUGAAAAUGGACACACUUCAGAUAAUUGAAAUUCUCAAAGACCAGAAGCUCACUGACCAAGCCAAGACCGAACAGGAGGCUAGAAAGUGUACUCUAAACUGGAUAGCGACCUCGAAAUACUAUCAGAAACACCAGCUGAUCCAAGCAUCGAGGACACAAGAGACCGGGUUUUGGAUUAUGAAGAAGGAGAAGUUCAUACAGUGGAGAUAUGAUAGCUCUGCGUCGAAUAUUCUCGUGUGUCCCGGCAUCCAAGGCUCGGGCAAGACAAACAUUGCUUCGACAAUUAUCGAUAAUCUUCUCAAAUCGAAUGCUAACAAAGAUUCCCCGGUCGCAUACUUCUAUUUCGAUCACCAGGAUCAAUCUACUCAAAAGACUCCAGCAGUUCUAUGUUCUAUCCUAAGACAGCUCCUCGACCAAUUACCGGAUAUCCCGAGUGCCGUGACCGAGCUGUUUGAGAAGAGCGACCGCCAGACCCAAAUACCGCUCCACGAGUGUGAAAGAUUUCUCAUCGAUCUUGCAUGCGACCUUAAGUACGCAUAUUUAGUGUUUGAUGGACUUGAUGAAUCGGAACACCGGAGAUCUUUCCUACAGAGUAUACAGAAUGUGGCCGGGAAUCGCCAAUUUCGUAUUCUGAUUACAAGUCGACCUCAUAUCCGGGAUAUUUUAGAUAUGUUCCAGAAUUACCCUAACCUACCUAUCCAGGCAGAUAGGGAAGACCUCAAAAUCUACCUCUAUAAGGAACUCGACCAAGGAGGGAUUUAUGACAUUGCGGAUCAAGAAUUCGUGAGGGGAUUGGUUCGUAGACUAGUAGACGGGGCGGAAGGAAUGUUCCUGCUCCCAGUUCUACAGCUCCGGACUAUUCUAAAAGAGCCUACUCUAGGCGAAAUGGAGGACAGAAUAGCAGAUCUGUCAGGGAGUCUUGGCGAGGCAUUUGCGGAUACCAUUUUGCGCAUCCAGCGACUGCCAACAAGUCGCAGCCGAGUCGGCAUGAGCACGCUUAUGUGGCUUUGCCACACCACCCGAGCAAUGACAGAAGCUGAAGUCAGUGAUGUUUUGGCUAUCCGCAGCGCAGAAAACGAAGUCAACGUCAAGUAUCGUCCAACAACCAAGACAAUUCUCGAGUGUUGCCAAGGACUUGCAACCGUAGAUGGCGAGGGUCGCAUACGACUUGCACAUUAUGCAGUCCAAGAGUACUUGCAAGAUCAUUCGCUGCAUUUCUUUCCCCGAGCCGAAGCCACAAUCGCGGUGACUUGUCUUCGUUACCUCGCCUUCAAGAACUUUCAGGAUGGGCCUUGGUCGACUUGGUUCGAAAUCGAAUCUAAAAUGAAAAUGUUUCCCUUUCUCUCCUGGGCUGCCAUGUACUGGGGUCGAUUCACACGGCAGACCGAAAGCGACCCGGAAGUUUGGUCUACGUUGUUCACCUUCUUCUCGUCCCCUGCUGCCACGGCCAUCUCAAACCAGGUGCGGCAGUACUCGAUGCCCCGCAACAGUAACUAUUGGGAUGCAGGCGAGUGUCGCAGCUUCACGGCGCUUCACCAUGCCUCGCGCCACGGGCUCGAGCGGGCGCUGAAUAGGCUCAUUGACAGCGGCGCAUAUGGAGUGAACGAAUUGACGCAGAUGGGCUCUACACCCAUCAUCCAUGCGGCUGCCGGCGGUCAUGUGUUGACGACUCGAGGCCUGUUGGCCCACGGCGCUGAUCCCUACCUGAUUAACUGGUACGGCAACGCUCUACAUUGCGCUGCAGAAGCAAACAAGGCUGCCACGGUGCGCGAAUUGGUUCGCUCGGGAAUGGAUCCUAAUACUGAAAACAACGGCAGUCCCUAUCUCGUGUCUGCUCUAGACAAUGAUGCAGCUGGGGCGUUUGCAGCCCUCGUUGAGCUCGGUGCUGACAUUGAAUCUCAGAGUGCGUCCUGGGGCCAAGGUCAUAUCUUCUUCGGCGCAGCGUUCAUGGACUGUGAUGAUAUCGUCGCACUCAUGCUGGAGCGGAAUUGGGCCGAAAUCGAGAUGAGAGAUCCGAAGGCUGGGGCCAAUAUUGACGCCAUGGACUACGCCGGCCUCACGGCCCUGGAGCUCGCGGAGCUUGAGGGGAAUAGGACCAUCGCCAAAUUGUUGCGAGAUUAUGAAUCCCAGUCACCACGGCUGAGUUGA